AUGGAGCCAUGGAGCGUGCUAUGGAGCAAUUGCAAAUCCAAGGAGGGUCGAGGAUCGCCUUUGCAGCAGACGGAUCGAGCCAAGGGCACGACACAGCACCAAGGCGGACAUGAUAUGCGCCAGCCCCGUCCCAAUCCCACCAUCAGCGUGGUGAGGGCGGUAUGGUGGGGCCCGCACCAAAAGGGCCCCCCUCUCCCAGCUGCCCCCUCCCCAUGCCAUCCGUUGCUCAAGUCAGCCGUAGGUGAGUGGCGUCGCGGCGAUUGCGACGCGUGCUGCAGGUCGAGGUCGUCGUCACAGUGGGUGUGGAUGGAUGCUGGGUGGAGGAGGGAUGGGUGGAUGGACAUGGACUGGGUAUGUAAGGCUGUGGUUGGGUAUGGACAGGCAUGGUACAUGGAGGUAAACGGCGGGGGCAGCGGAUGCCGCAAUGGCCGCUCCGGCUGCCCCCUGAGUGGUCGAGUGCCGUGCGCCACGCAUCAUGGACACGGCAUUGUCAUUUGCAGCAUGCAGUCAGUGUGCAGCCGACCGAGCGGCCGGCCGGUCCAGCCUGGAAGCCUGCUGCGACUGGUGCUGAUGGUGCUGGUUGCUGCGGCACAAGAGGCGGGCGCAUGGCGUCGCCACAUGAAGCGCGUCAGUGUCGUCAGCCCCACGUGUCGUCGACAGGGUCAGCCCUUCUCGCCCAUCGUGCCUUCCCUCUCUCCAAGCGCUUGGACCUGCACCACCCACAACUUCACACACACUCUUCCCUACACCGGUCCACAAACAAGCAACUUGGCCACCGAGAAAAAACAAUACCAUCCGGCCUUUGGGGUCUCCUGCAGGACCCCUUCUGUCGUCCUGCACACCAUCAUCUGCCCAUCACAUGUCUGCUGCCCAGGGCACCAAACGUCAUAUUCCAUCUGCCGUGCCAUGGCCACUAUCGACCCUUCUCCACUUUGUCUCACUCACCCAAGUCGCCGCCCGCGGACCGUCUCUGCGAACAAACUAACUGACUGGCCAGAGCCCUGA